AUGAGAGAGGCAGACAUCGUCCAAGUUGUGAAAACAAGCAGAUUUAAGCUUGUCUUUGGAUGGGUCUCAGGAUUAUUUUCUUUUGUGCCCUGGUGGCACUUCGCACCAACAUGAGAGUGGCUCUUGCAGGCAUUCCUCUCUACUAUGAUGUGCUUCCACAUGUUCAGUACAGCCAACCACUUGGCCCACUUACAGCUCCUGCUCUUGAAUCCCCUGUGUUUGUUCAAGGGACUAGCCCCUUGUCCUUUACUUACACUGCUGGAGCUGAGGGAGGAUUCAGCUCUAGAUCGGAAUCUGAAAGCGCCGCUGGAGAAGUGACAAGGUCCUACAGCUUAAACAUCCCAGGUGGACGUCAGCGAGAAGUUAACUACAAGGCUGGCAGGUCUGGGUUCACAGGAGAAGUGAGAUCUAACGAACAAGGAAUCAAUGCGGGAGAAAACCCUGCUAAUGUACAAAUACUUGCUCUUGGAUUGGGUGCACCUAUAUCAUCUGAAGCACAACGAGUCAGCCCAGCAGUACCCUUUGGUGAACCUAGAAAACCUUUGUCUUACACAUACUCAGCUGGAGCAAAAACUGGAGACGUUUCUGGAAAUGUGGCGGAAUCCUCCAGCGUGGACAAAAAAAAGACAAAUGAACAUUACAGAAAUGUAGAUUACAGUGCUGGUUCUGGCGGGUUUAAAGCAAAUGUUCACAGUAACGAACCCGGUGUUUUAUCCGGUAAUAAUCCAGCUGAUAUUAACAUUAACCACUUCACUGUUGGUGUUGUACCCAGUAGUAAUCCAGCUAAUGUUAACAUUAACCACUUCCCUGCUGGUGUUGUACCCAGUAAUAAUCCAGCUAACAUUAAUAACAACCUCUUUCCUGGAGUACCAUCUAUCCCUACUGGUGCAUAUGGAACCGGUGAUGAACACAUCCCUGUUAAAUCAAUAGGUCCUUUCUCCUUCACCUACACAGCUGAUGUAGAAGGUGGCACCAACUCCAGGACAGAAGGUGGAGAUGGCUCUGGUAAUGUUGCAGGUUCUUACAGUGUGGCGGACCCUGAUGGACGUCGUAGGACCGUAAAAUACAUUGCGGGUGCUGGUGGGUUUAUGGCAGAUAUCCAAAGUAACGAGCCUGGUGUGGAACCUGAUAGUAAUCCUGCUAACGUCAAAAUCAGCUCUUUCCCUGGUGCCCCUGUUAUUCCUACUGGUUCCUCUACUGCUGCUGGUGCUACUGCUUUAGCUGCAGAGUUGAGUCCCUUCAACUUCACGUACACUGCAGUUGCUAAUGAAAGGUCUGUUUCUCGUUCCGAAAGUGGAGAUGUAGCUGGAGAUAUUGUUGGAUCUUAUUCUGUUACGCACGCUGAUGGAACAAAACGUGCGGUAGAUUAUGCUACUGGUGCUCAAAGUUUCAGGCCUAGUAUACAAUCCAAUGGCAAAGGUCUUGGUGAUAACCCUGCUAAUACUAAGAAUUUAGCAUUCGCAGGAGCUAUUGGAUCACCACGUGCGGUUAUCCCUGUCUCGGCUGCUACUCCACUAACAGCCUUUGUACCACAUCCUAUAUCUACCAGAGAAUUUUUUGAAAUUGCUAAAUAUGCACCUGCUUCUGAAUCAAAGAUUCCAAAUUAUUCGUGGUAUCGCUAGGCUGUGUUUUUAGAGCAGCAAAUGUCUCAUCAAUCUACAUAUCAAAUAUUUGUCUGACCGGCGUACAAAUGGAUCAUUAAUUUUUUAAUUCUGUAGGAAUUCUGAAUAUGGACCAAUAACUAACUCUUCUGACCACUGGAAAAUUAUUUAUAAAUUUACUCAACAACCAGAAUUUUUAUUGUUAUUUUUAUUCAAGUAUUGAUUACAAAUUUUACAGUGGAUUGGCUUGAAAGGAGUUUACUAAAUAUUAAAAAUAGAAAGAAUGUUUACACUUUUAACGAAGUCUUUUUUCAGAAUUAUUAGGUUAGAAAAAAUGUGUAGAUAUGUAGAAUAUAAUAAUUGUUUUUAUGGUUUGUCUAGCAAUUAAUCUAAUGUAUUAUUAGUUAUGCUUCUUAAAAAAUACGAUUACAUUCUUGAAUAUCCUUAUGCUGCAAUUGUGAAGAAAUCAAAUUUGUUAGUAAUAAAAGAUAUAAAGGCUUAAUAUAAACCGAAAGCUAAGCCUUGUUUGAUUGUCUAUUGUUUGUCUAUUUCAACCUGCUUACUUCUAUGCAUUAAGACUUUUCAAGUUUCAAAAUCCUGUCCACAUUGAAUAUCAUUCUCAAAACUAAUCAACUUGAACAAAUCAUUACCAUAUCAAGUGAAGGACC